AUGUCGUUCUUUAAAAGCAAACGUGUGGUUGCCGUGGCGCUCCUCGUAGGGCUCUCUGCGACAGUCGAUGCGGCUCCGGCCGUUGCGGAUCCGAGCGUUGAAAGUUUCUUUGGCGCAGACGCGUUAGCGGAGGAGAGCUACAUCGAUUCCCUUUCGCAGAUGGAUGGUGUCGAGGGUGAGGUGGAUGGGCAUGAUGAUAAGGACAAAGGAAAGGACAAGGAUGACGGGAAGGAUAAGAAGCGUCCACCUCCUCCGCCACCCACAACUACGACAACGACGCGGCCAACAACCACAACGCGGCGGCCUCCCUCGAAGCACAUUCCGGCUCCACCAACAAAGCAUGUUCCGCCGCCGCCAAGCAAGCACAUGCCGCCUCCUCCGGCGAAACAUACCCCGGCGCCGCCGACGAAGCACGUUCCACACCCGCCUCCGGCUAAGCACAUACCCCCACCUGCAAAGCAUGUGCCAGCGCCCCCUGCCGAGGGCACACCGGUUCCCGUCCCAGUUCCUAGCCCGGUGAUGACGAAGGCGAAGUUCAAGAAACUGCUGCUUCUUCUGAUGCUCGGCUCACAGCGCUUCAAGAAGAUCAUGUCUGACGAGGACCACAACGGCGUGGCUGAGUUGAUUCGAGAUUACGACACUGGCAAGCUUGAGGAUCUGGAGCACAUGCUCUGGGAGUCUUACCAAGAGAGCGCCGGGACGGAAGACGACUUCGCCACAUUCUUCCGUCAGCUGAAAGAUGUCGCGAUGGAGUAG